CCUGUCGGAGCGUCCAUACUCUUACCAUCCUUAUGGUCAUCUUUCGUGCUGCGCAUGUCGCUUACGCAACAGCUGCUGGUUUCCCGUCUGGGGCUGGAGCCCCUACAAGCGCCGAGCCACCAGAAAAAGUGGUGAACCCCGGGGAAAGCCUGAGCAUCCCGUGCUUCCUGGAGACGCCCGGCGGCAGCGUGCAGUGGAUGCGCAACGGCCACCCCGUGGUGCUCGACGUGGGCUCGGGUGCCGGCGGCCGUCGCCAGUGGAACAUCUCGCGCGACGGCACGGCCGCCCUUACCAUCACCCAGGUGACCAGGGCAGACGACGGCCUCUGGGAGUGCCGGGAGUUCGGGGACGACGACUCUGUCAGGAGAGUCACCAAGGUGCUCAAACUCGUCGUCACCGGAGCCCCCGAGGAGCCCUUCAUCACGCUGGGCGGCGAUCGUCUUAAGGACGGCUCCAAGAUCACGGUCCAGGAGCGCGACGAGGUGGAGGUAGGCUGCGUGGCGCGCCGUGCCGUGCCCGCAGUGCGCCACGUGCACUGGAUGAUGGGCGACACCAACAUGACGGCCGCCAGCCACCUGUUCGUCGAGUUCUCACCCCAGGAGGACUCGUACACCACGCGAAGCGUGCUCAGCCUUAACGCCUCCCGGGACCUGCACGGCGUCCAGCUCUCCUGCCACGUGUACCACGUGUCCUGGCCUACGUCCGCCGCUGUCAGCGCCUCUCUGGAUGUGCUUUACGUGCCGUCGUUCUCCAUCAGCCGGGAGCCCGGCUUCGGCUUCCCGAUCCUCGAAAAGAUGCCGGUGUCGCUUCACUGCGCGGUGGACGCCAACCCGCCGUGCCCGCCUCAGUGGCUGAAGGACGACGGGCCGCCUCCGGUGGAGCAAAGUCCGGACGGCUACCUGAACUUCUCAUCCAUCGAGCGGCAACACGCCGGCUGGUACCGCUGCGCCGCCGUCCACACACUCGGCACUUUCGCCUCUUUCGGCUACUUCCUCAACGUGCGAUAUGGUCCAGAGAUCGUGGACCAGCCCCCGUCCCAGGUGAAUGCAGAUUUCGGCGAGCCCGUUCAGCUGGACUGCAAGGCAGAUGGGAAGCCUCCCCCGUCCUACUGCUGGACCCGCGUCCGGUCGGGCAGACUCGAGAGCAUGGCGGCCGAGAGCUCGCUCGUGCUCGAUCCAGUAUUGUACUCGGACGCCGGAAGCUAUCAGUGCACCGCCACCAACCACCUCGGAUGGAAGGAGGAGCGUGCCAGGACCAGGGACAUCCUACUCACCAUUUCAGGUCGCCCAGAUGUCAAGGCCCUGAACAAGACCUUGAUGGCCAUCCUCGGGAAGCCCGUCAGGGUGUCGGUGCUUGUCUGUGCCAAUCCGCCCCCGACUCGUGCCUACUGGAUUGUAGGGAGAACACUUCUCAGCCCCGGAGACGUCAGCCGUUCUCAAUAUAUAGCCCACAACUACAGUAGCGCCGAUGCACCGUUUUGCCGAACGACCUCUCUGGAAAUUAAAUCGGUGCAUCACGAAGAUGCCGGGGAAAUAUUGUUCGUUGCCAGAAACGCCAAAGGCAUAGACGAUGCUAUAAUCAUCCUAAAUGUCACCCAUCAAGCUAGCUUCUCUUUUGCCGAAGAUAGUUCUUCUGUAGGAAGAGCCAAAGCAAACUGGAUGGUGGCAAUGUGGAUUAGUUUAACAUGGCAUUAUUUGGACAGACUACAACACUCAGGCAGCUGACACCUGCUUUGAGGUACCUUAGGUCUACGUCGAAACCUCGAACGUCCUAGACAUGAAGUGAGGAGCGUAGCUACCAGAAUCGCACUGACUGAGCGUGCAAACGAACUCCAGGUGGGAACCCUUCGUCCAGCAGGGUACACCCUACCGCAAACGCCAACUCCGAGCCCCACGGCGGUCGAACGUCCAGACACUGGUGGCACAAUACCACAGACAAAGUCACUAUUUGUAUACAAACAUCGCAGGAAGCAAUGUUGUAAUCGAGUCACUACAAUAUUGUAUAUGACGAGAGUAUGUUGUAAAUGUUAUGUUACAAUGAUGUUUUAAUAAACUGUGAACACUUGUUA